UUCGAACUCAAAAGCGAUUGGACAGUUGAAAAGGUUCCCUCGUUAGUGUGGUUUAUGUAGAUUUUCGUUGGAUAUUACUGUGUGAAUAUCGGUUUGAUUGAAUGAACUUAUGGCAAAAAGUAUCACACAGACGCGUAUGACAUUGUGCAGAACGACACUGAUGCGAAUAUAAAUAUCCACACUCACACGCAACCUUGUUCGAACCUUGGAUACUAGUUUUGUUUACCGCUGUACAGUAGUAUAUAAUAGCGAAACAGUCAAAUAUUCAGUCGAGAGUCAAGCGACUCACACAGACGAGCGUUACUUGUUUUAUAAUUAUUCAAAUAAUGAAUAUGUUUUGUUACAUUUUAACCAUAUGUCAUGUCAUGAUCAAUCUGUAUGUCUGCCUCAUUUAUUAGUAUGUACACCAAAAUUACAUAUCAGUACGCGUGAUGAUCCUGAUGAAUAUUAAAAUAUUUAGGAUGCUCUAUUAUAUAAAUGUUUGCGAGAGAUAGAAAUUAGAAAAUAGUUCUACAAGUUUAAUUUUUAAGACUUAUAAUGAAAUAGUUCUUUUCAUUAUGAAUGAAUGAUAACAUGGAUAUUGCCAAGAAAAAUGAGACGGGGGGAGGGGGAAGGAGCAAAGGAAGUAUCAGUGUUGCCACUGCUUCUGUUUUUAGCGAAAAAUUCUGUUUUGUGGAACUCACGUAUAUUUUCGAAGAAAAUAGUGAGUGUAAGUUUUAAGUUCGAGGUUUGGCGGACCCCCCCCCCCCCAUUACAGACUUUAGCGAUGGAGAAUAAAAGGUGUCAGAUUUUCUAGAGUUUGAAAAAUUCCUCAAGUUAUGAUUUUGGAGAUUAGUCAACAUCAUUGUUUGUGAGUUGAUUAACAUAUAUAUAAUAGUGCAUAAGAUAUGCUGUAGAUAUUAUGUAUAUGUAAAAUAGACUUAUUUGCCGAUUCAUUGAUUAUAAUAAUAAGAAUAUUAAAUUAAAAAAACACAAAUCAAAAAAAAAAAUAAAAAAUUAUAAGCGAAUAGCAAUAAUGCAAACAAAAAAUAGGGCGCCCGUAGAAAAAAAAGAUUCUAUUUUAAAUGUAGAAAUAAAUCAUCAGUUAUUAGCGAAAACAACUACAGUAGACGAGAAUUUUUUCAGUUUACGGAUGAUGUAUUAGGAUAGCAAGGUUGAAGAAUAUACGGGAGUUCCACAUUUCAACUCCGAAGGAGCUGCGCUAACAAGCUUUUUUCAGAUAUCUUAUCUAUUACAUUUUUAACCCAGAUUUGUGAUAUUAUACUAUAUCAUUUUUUUCAACAAUGUGAAGGAAAAUUCGUAUUGAUAUCUGGUGGCAUUUUUGUCUUAUCCUUAUUCUAAGAUAAGCAUAAUUCUUGUUUUCCACUAGUUUUUGACAAACUGGCAAAUCUAUAUUCUUUAUUCUUUACCUAUAUCUUUCUUUCUAUCAUAUUUUGAAUAAAAAAUUUUUCAAAAAGGCCGAAGUGUUCUGUGCUUGCUGCUGACCCAUCUUUAAAUAAUAAAUAAUCUUACAUACAAACAUAUCAAUAUGCCAACAGGAAAAAAAAAUCUAUUUGCAUAAUAGAGAUACCCAUUUGAAUCAAUAUGACCAUUAAAAUGUCACUAAAUUGUCUCUUGAACAUUUGAUUGCUAUCUUAUUCUGUAUAGUUAUUUUAUAUUUUGUCUUCACCAUUCUACACCUUUCAUUGAUGCGUAACAAAAAAAAGGAAGAAAGAUAAAAAAAAAACGACAACCUUGAAUAGUUGUCGACCUAACUGCUAUCCAUACCGUAAAAAUACAAUGACGUUAAGAUUCAAUUAUAAAAGUAAACAUCGAUUUAAUAUGAUUCAUCAUUAUAUAUAUUCUUUAUGGAAAAUAAGUUUUGAAACAUAUUAUCGAAUAAUAAAGCAGAAAUAUUCAAUCUCGAAUGCAGAUAGAAGCAAAAAUAAAGAACAAUUUCAACAACGCUAUUACACUCGUCAAAUAUCUAUUAAAAUUGUCCUUCUAACUUUUGUUCUGGUAUUUUUUUUUAUUACUCUACUUAUAUACUUAAUUUUAUCAGAAAAAACAAGAUCAUCUAAGAUUAAUGAUAUUUUUGAUUUACACGACGAAAUUAUUUUAUCGAAUCGUAAUGAAUCUUCUAUUCAUCAUAUUUAUAUUGAUAUUGGCUGUUUUAAUGGUGAAACAAUUGAACAUUUUCUUCAUUUUAUUCCUAAUAGUACAUUUUAUGAUAUUAUUACAUUUGAACCUGAUCCAGUUAACUAUCAAUUAUGUAAACAACGAUUAACAGAUAAAAAAUAUAUGAAUAUAAAUAUAAUUAUUCUACAAAAAGUUGUUUGGAUACGUGAUGAAAAAAUUUAUUUUCAAACUGAACAUGGCCGACUAAGUCGAAUAAAUAAAAAUGCGAAUGUUCUCAAUAGUAAUUUGAAAGAAUUAGAUGCUAUUGAUUUUUCAUCAUGGCUUACUCGUUUAGUUAAACCAAACAAAACUAAAGUACAUAUUAAAAUAAGUAUGCCUGGAGCAGAAUUACUACUUUUAGAAAAAAUGAUUGAUGAUGAUACAUUAAGAUUAGUUGAUAGAUAUGACAUUGAAUGGACAGAUAGAGAAAAUCCUCAUACACGUCCUGCACGUAUUUAUAUUCAAUUAAUGCUUGAUGGUUUUGGUUUUGAUUGUCUUUAUUAUACAAAUUUCGAAGAUGUACGAAAAGUAUUUCAAUUGAAUGAAACAUUUCAAAAUGUUAUUAAAUAUCAUGAUUGGAAAAGCAUGAAUGGAUCUGAAAUAUAUGCACAUUAUACUCAACGACCCGACGUAGAUCAUGUAUCACAUUUAAUAAAUAAAUUAAAAUAG